ACGUGAUUAGUGACGUGGUGACUGACGUGCAGUGACCAAGAUGGCGACUGUGUGUUUACUUCUUCUUCUGAUGUUUUUCCAAACAGCGCUCAUGCGAAGAGGUUGCGAUUGGAAAGAAUCGAUCCAGUAUUAUCAAGAUUGUUUUAUAUUUUUUGACAAAAAAGUUAACUGGGAAGAUGCGGGGAUCUACUGCGAAAGGUGGUACCGUGGUACUCUGGUGAUGGAGGUUGGCCCAAACAUGCUUACCUGGUUCCGGGAAAAAGGUUAUGAGAUCUUCAGGGAAUAUCGCUACUACUGGAUUGGUGCCAAGUACUCCCCAAAAUAUAAGAGGUGGAGGUACUGUAAUAACGUGACAGCCAACCUGACCACGUCUUGGGACAGGGGACAGCCAGACAACUACAAAGGCAAUGAGAUGUGCGCUCACAUCAGGGCACAGAAUAAGUUCCUCAACGACGCCAACUGCGAGGAGAAGUUCAACUUUAUUUGCCAGGAGAGAAAGUAUUUUCUAUUCUACGGCGAUUACUAAACGUUUUGCUGAGGAUUUUUUUCUUGAAAGACCAGCUGAAUAAAGACUUUGCAAACCAACUAAGUUGUGUGGUGUUGUCGUUCUAAUUAAUUACAGGGAAUAAAGAGAAAAAACUGUUUCAGAAAUUUGGGGUUAUAGUUUAGUUCUAAAACUAGAAUAUUAGAUUUAUAUUCACAACAACAUAUUAUGCAAACAAUAAUGGAAAAGAAUUUUGGUUCUAUUUGUUGGUUUUUGGAACUCGAGUAAAAUAAACAG